AUGGCACCUAAAAGUCGGAGCUACCAACUCUCGGCAACCCCAUUUGUGAUAUUCGCACAAUUGUUAGCCAUUGCCGUAACCACACUAGUGUUUGUUCUUUACCUACAUUUUGAGGGAGGAUUUGCUUUCGAAUCCGAAGAUAAAACCAAGAUUUUCAAUGUGCACCCUUUUCUCAUGGUGCUUGGCCUUAUUAUAAUUGGUGGAGAAGCUAUAAUGGCAUACAAGAUAGUCCCUGGUGAUAGAAGGACGCAAAAGGGGGUUCACCUGAUAUUGCAUCUGCUAGCUCUUACGGCUGGAAUUUUGGGGAUUGUUUUUAUUUUCAGAUUUCACAAUGAGAUAGGAGCUAAGGAUAUGCAAACCUUGCAUUCAUGGCUGGGUAUUAUUACCAUAUCACUCUAUGGUUUGCAGUGGGUGCUUGCCUUCUUUGCCUAUUGCUUCCCUGGUGGAGAAAUGUCACGAAGAGGAACACUCCUCCCAUGGCACAUAUUUGUUGGUAUGGUCAUCUUCCUCUUGGCAGUGGCAACGGCUCUGACAGGCUUGUCUGGCUUCUCUAACCUACUACUCAGCACUAAAGGAUACAUACUCAACUUCACCGGGCUCUUGAUCCUUCUAUUUGCAAUCACCGUUACCCUCACUGUCAUCCUUCCUCGAGGUUAUUGA